AUGAUCACCCAUCCUCUAAGAGGAUGUAGACUAACAAUUCCAGUUCGACGUCAAAUUCCUAUAGUACAAACUAGUUUUCAGGAAACAAAUGGGUUCAAAUUUGUGAAAGGUCGGAAGCAAUACAAAAUUGCUUCGUGUGAAAGGCAAGUUGGAGAUACCUCGAGUUCUUUGCAAGAAACAUUGGAGACUAAUUCAUUGUUGAACAUCAAGUUGGAGGAGACUAAAAAGAAGAUAAGAGCUGAGUUAGAGCAAAAACUGAUCGAGGUGAUACCAGCUAAAGAGGUGGAGUCGAGAUUGAAGGAGAAGGGUGCAAUUAUUCAUAUUGAUGACUUGCCGGAGGAUAAAGAUCCUGAAAGACUAAAGACUCCCCUUGAUGACCAUAAGUAG